CUGGCGGAUAAUUUUUUAUUUUUAUUAGUAUUGUAUUCGCGUUGUUGUCAGUGUUCAUGAAUGCUGAAUGAACACAUAAUUGUUUGUAAAUAACUAAAUAACUUUCGUAACAAUGGUCAAUUAAAGUAGCGAUGUUUCCCUAAUAUCUCUCGUUAGAAAGAGAGUUCUAUACCAUUGUUAUAUUUUGUUAGAUUUCGAAACAAAGCAAUGGUGGGACCAGAAGUAAAUGAAAACAAUUCUAUUGUGUUCCUAGAUGUAUCAAUUGAUGGCGAGAAAGCUAGCCGCAUAGUGAUCGAGCUACGUAACGACGUAGUUCCUCGAACGGCAGAGAACUUCCGAGCCCUCUGCACUGGGGAGAAGGGAGUCGGCGCCAGCGGGAAGCCCCUACAUUACAAAGGCACCAAAUUUCACAAAGGGUUGUCACAGUUCAUGGUGCAGGGCGGAGACACGGUGAAGAACGAUGGCACAAGCGGCGAGAGCAUAUACGGACCCACGUUUGAAGAUGAGAACUUUAAACUUCCGCACGAACCGGGAGUCCUUAGCAUGGCGAACAAAGGCCGGCCGCACACGAACGGCUCACAAUUCUGCAUCACGUCUCAACAGUGUCUACACUUGGACGGCACGAACGUCGUGUUCGGCCGGGUCCUUAGCGGGCUGGGGCUCGUGACAGAGAUGCAGCUAUACGGCGAGCAGGACGGAAAACUUAGACUGGAUUGCGUGAUAGAAGACUGCGGUGAGGUGAUAGGAAAUUGGCGAGACUGGAUCUGGGACGAAGAGGACAAAAUUACAGACUAUCCUGAGGAUCAUCCACAGUUAGAAGAACUUUCGAUAGAAACAUUAUUAAACUACGUAAGCACAAUAAAAACCUUCGGCAACAAAUACUUCGCCGAGGGCAGAUACAAACGCGCCGUACGGAAAUACGACAAGAGUUUAAGAUACAUCGCGCAUCUUAUGGAGCUGUUCGAGCGAGCGCCACAUCCUGAACCCCUCGUGCCGUCGUUCAACAAGGCAGUGAUGUACACACAGCAGUGCAACUUGAACUUGGCGGCGUGCCACGUCAAGCUAGAAAACUUCCAGGCCUGCCUCAAAUGCUGUACUGAGGUCCUCUCGCUAGACCCCCGCAACGAGAAGGCCCUCUACCGGCGCGGCCAGUCCCACUUCGCCCUCAAAAACUACGAGGCGGCCCUCAGCGACCUCAAAACUGCCGACGAGAUCUGCCCCAACAACAAGGCGGUGCUCAAACUGUUAGAACAGGUCCGGAUAUCCAACAAAAGGUACAACGACGUUCAAAAGCAACGCUUGUCAAAGUUUUUUCGUGACCAAAAGACGGAGAGUGUCCCAGUCGGACAUCACUGAAUUAAGACUGAAAGUACUGAUUUAUACUUUUAAGUAAUGUGCAAAUGAGAUCUUAUGACGUGGAAAUCAAAAUGGCCAAAGAUGAAAGCGAG